AUGCUGGUGACCUAUUUGAAAGCCAGCCGGGACGUUUGCGAGACGGACUCAAUUAUUUUUGGCGCCGUGCUGGCAGUCUGCCGUAUCAUAGAAGCCAAGGUUUCCACGGCUGGAUGCGCUACUGGGCAAAGUAACAUCCCAGCAUGGAGAAGAAGAAUUGAGGAACGUAUCGCAAAGGCUAGAGCUCUAAUCGGCAGACUAAUAUGCUUCAGAUCAGGCAAUAACAGGCCAAGAAUUGUGCACACCGUCAGGAUGGCGUUUGCUAUGACAAAUGUCAGUUUGUCCCAGCCGGAUAUAACGCAAAAACUGACGGAGUGCAUAGAUGAUCUGAAGCAGAGAAUCGCUGCUUGGGGACAGUUUCAAGAGGCUCUCAACCAGAAGUCGCUCCCUAGCCUCUUCACUACUGGGAUCACCCAUUUGGUUCCUAAAGAUUAG